GUUCCUUGUUCUUCUUGCCAAUGGGCUUGCUCUACUAUGUCAGCUAUGUUGCCAUCGUCGUGGUCUUUGCUUUUGUCACACUUUCUUUAGCGAGCGGGCUCCUAUACGUUUCGGAACUCAUUGAGGAGCAUUCUCGACUUGCAAAAACAAUUGGUCAACGGGGAACUUAUGCGGUUAUCGUGUUACACCUUGUAUUCUAUGCGACAGACUCUCUGCCAUUCCUCCAGACGAUUUUCUCGGUCAUAUGUCACGUCGUGUAUCUCCAGAAUUUUUCCAACACCUGGCCCGUCAUAUCUCUCUCAUCCCUUCCCUUCGUGGCUUCGUGUAUCCUCGUCAUAGUGGAUCACUUCAUGUGGUUCUUUUAUUUCGCUCAGUUGACUCAAGACGCUCGAAACUAUAGAUACAGAGGUCGCGCAGGUCCACAGGUCCCUUCUUUCACCGAGGUAGCCACCUUCUUUGGCUUGUGCGUUUGGCUGGUACCUCUGUUCUUCUUUUUGAGUCUCAGUGCAAAUGACAACGCAUUACCUACUUCCCUUUCUACGCCUGGUACGCCCUCCCUCACUGCAACCCAACAUACAAAGCAGCCGCGUAUCUCCCUCUUCAGAUCACUUCUUUCUUUCACGUCCUUGCUACCUGCAUCGAUACGUCCAAAGGACUCACGUAUGCCUGAAGGUCUUAUUGCACCACCCCAGUCUCCCGUACCAUUCUUACGCCCGCAGUCAAUGUCAUCUUCAUCCUUCAGAGGCUCUCAACACUCGAUGACACCUCCUCGCUCUCCCAUCAUACGCCAGGGAAGCCUCGAAUCUUCCCCUCCCUCGACCUUCCGGUCGGGAACUCCUCCACUUCGGAAACCAGGACUCACGAUGAGAAGAACUUCUGGUUUUUCGGAGGGUGAUACAUCUAAAAAGGGUUAAGAGUCCUUUCUCUUACUACGAAACCUCUACCUUUGCUAGAGCACACCAAUGGACAAGUGAUGGACUAAAAGUAAAUCUGAUGAAAUUAUGAUAGCUAAUGAUCAUGCACACGCGUGUCGUAGUGUUGAUAAAUAUCGAGUCGGAAGA